AUGUCUGCUAGUGAAUACCUUGCUGAAGCUGAACAACACUGGGCCGACGGCCGUGCCGAAGAGGCUGUUAGCCAAUUGGCACAUGCUGUUCGUAGCAACCCAUCUGAAAACGAAGCCAGCGGCAUCGAUGAUGCCAUUGCCAACAUUGCCAAAUCCUUCAUGAGCAGUGGUGGUGAGAACGAGGAUGGUGAUGGAGACCGUGGCAUGGGUGGCAUGGGCAGUAUUGCCGCCCAGUUGUUGUCUGGUUCUGGAGGGUCCAGCUCUGCACAGAUGGGCAAGUUGGCGCUGUUGGCCAUGGCUGUGAAACAAGGUAAUUUGAGCAACCUGGGCAGUCUUGCCGGUGCUCUUGGCGGCAGCAGCAACGGCAGCGGCAGCGGCAGCAGCAUGGGCGGUCUUGCCGCCAUGGCCAAGGCCUACAUGGAAAGCGGCUCGUCGUCACAAGGCCAUUCGCCAUCGCCAUCGCCAUCGCCAUUUGCUGCUUUGGCGUCCAUGGCCCAACAACACAUGGCUGCUGCGUCUCAAAACAACAGUGUCCAAAACAACAACUCUUCGCAAGCUUCUUCUCAAGGAGGCAUGAUGGGUGCCAUUGCAUCUGCAGCUGCUUCUUACCUAGGUGGUGGCCAAUCCCAGAACAGACGCGAGAACGGCGACAGACGCGAGAACGAGGGCCGCAACGAGGGUUCUGACGGCGAGCGUUUUGGGUUUUCCGGCAACUUCCAGUGA